CUGCCUUUCUCCAUUGGGUCUCUGUGAGCAUCACAUGCUUUGGGUAUCUUUGAAAAGAAUCUCCUGAGACCUCAGCAUCUCAUCUGAGUUGCCUGAAUCUCAUUCAGAACUGUGUUGAGAGAUCUUGCCAUCACAAUGAGCAACAGAUUCAUGGGCACCUGGAAACUUGUAUCCAGUGAGCACUUUGAUGAUUACAUGAAAGCUCUUGGUGUGGGGUUAGCCACCAGAAAACUGGGAAAUUUGGCCAAACCCAGUGUGAUUAUCAGCAAGAGAGGAGAUAUUAUAACUAUACGAACUGAAAGUACCUUUAAAAAUACAGAGAUCUCCUUCAAGCUAGGCCAUGAAUUUGAAGAAACCACAGCUGACAAUAGAAAAACCAAGAGCGUUGUAACCCUGGAGAGAGGUUCAUUGAAUCAAGUACAGAAAUGGGAUGGCAAAGAGACAACAAUCAAGAGAAAACUGGUGGAUGGGAAAAUGGUAGUGGAAUGUAAGAUGAAGGGUGUGGUCUGCACCAGAAUCUAUGAGAAGGUCUGAAAAAUUAUUUCCUCAUUGAAGUGGGUUUUGAUCAUUUAAUGUUGGAAAUCAUUUACUUUCAUUGUCAAAACCUGAACACGCUGCAAAAGUUUGUUUUUACUUUUGUCUUAAUAUGUCAGGAAGGCAAAGGCCUAAACUGAAAAUUAAUCUAAAAUUCAGUGUCAUUUCAGCAUUUCUAAUUUGCCUGCAUGUCAUUAAUAUAUUAAAGCAUAUAUAUUGGUCAGACCUAAACAGUUGAUAAUACCAUUUGUUUAACUGUGAAAUUUUAACCUAUGUUGUAUUUUGUACGCUUGAAAUGUCAAUAAAAAUGAAAUAAUAGGUUAGUGAAAAGAAGUAAAGGUAUUGAUUUGGAUUGCAAACUCAAAUGCCAUCAGAGAACAGGAGAGUUAUGAGAGAGGAGCUUCAGAAAUGAGGCAAUCUAGAAGCAGUUGUUUUGAAUUGAACAGUUGUAAUAUUAGCUAAAAGGGGUAGCCUCUACCCUAGCCAA